AUGGCUCAGCUUCAAGGCAAAGUUAUUGCUAUUACUGGUGCGGGUUCCGGGAUUGGCCUUGCCACAGCCCGAGAAUGUGCACGUCGAGGGGCUUCGCUCUCAUUGUGUGACAUCAACCAAGAUGCAGUCAACAGCGUCGUCUCCGAAAUCAAGGCCAAAGACGUUGACGUGAUCGGCAGCCGAGUGGAUGUCUCCAGUUCGGACGGUGUCAAUGCGUGGAUCGCUGAAACCAUGAAACACUUUGGUAAACUGGACGGCGCAGCCAAUAUUGCCGGCGUUGAAGGCAAAGCAGAUGGGAAGGUGUUUGCAAAUAUUGUCGACAUUACCGAUGAUCACUGGAACUUCAUUCUGGGUGUCAAUCUGACUGGUCUCUUCUACUGCCUGCGAGCUGAGCUUCGGGUAAUGGAGCGUGGCGCCUCCGUCCUGAACGUUACUAGCAUUGCAGGGUUGAUGGGAAGACCAGGCAUUGCUGCCUACAGCUCGAGCAAGCACGGUGUGGUGGGGCUCACAAGGACAGCAGCCAAAGAGGUUGGUGGACGAGGGAUUCGAGUCAAUGCUAUCGCUCCUGGCCCCGUGGAUACCCCAAUGCUGGACAGGUUGCGGGCGGACGGGGGAGACAACAUACCUGUCACUCAGACAUACAAAACCCUGGCUCUGCAACGAUUGGGAACGCCUGAAGACAUGGCAAAAACGAUUUGCUUUGUGCUGAGUGACGAUGCAAGUUUCACCACAGGGGCGAUAUUUUCGGUCGACGGAGGUGUGGUCUGUUAA